AUGACUUUUUCAGAAAGUAAAUCAAUCCUGAAGGAACAUGGAUCAGAAGAGGAACAGAUAUCAGAAAGCACAAUGAGUCUUUCUGAAAAAGACAGUAAAGCAACUCUUAAAGACCAAGGACCAGUGGAGGAACAGACACCAGAAAGCACAAUGACUCCUCCAGAAAAAGAUGAUAAAAUCCUAAAAUACCAAGGACCAGACUGGAAAUGGACAUCAGAAGCCUUACAAACUGAGGAAGAAGAUGCAAUGAGAAAGGCAAGUAAACAACAUGGAGGUAACCUACAAGACUACAAAGCUCACAGGAUAGCUAAAUUUGACAGAAGUGUGGAUCUACACUAUGACAGCCCAGAGAUGAAAGUAUUGUCUGAUGCUUUUAAACUACAACAGAAAACCUUCAGGCCUCACACCAUUAUCCUACAUGGACGACCAGGAGUUGGGAAGUCAGCUUUGGCCAGGAGUAUUGUUCUGGGAUGGGCACAUCGUAAACUUUACCAAGACCUGUCCUAUGUCUUCUUCUCUAGAAGAGAAAGAAAGUGGACAGAAAAGAGCAGUUUGGCACAGCUGAUUGCCAAGGGGUGGCCAGACUACUGGGCUCCAGUGACAAAGAUUAUGUCCUACCCAGAAAGACUCCUCUUUGUCACAGAUGGUUUGGAUGAUGUGCACACUGUCCUCCAACUUGACAAUAUGAUACCCUGCAGAGACUGGAAGGAUGAACAGCCCAUAUACAUCCUAAUGUACAGCCUCUUAAGGAAGGCCCUCCGACCCCAGUCCUUUCUCAUCAUUACCACCAGAAACACUGGCUUAGAAAAGCUCAAGUUGAUGGCGGUGUCAACCCUCUAUAUACUGGUCAAAGGGUUGACUGCAUUAAGGAGAUCUCAGCUGAUCCUCGAGAACAUCUCUGAUGACUCUCAGAGAAUGCAAGUCUUUCACUCAGUGAUAGAGAAUCACCGGCUAUUUGACCAAUGCCAGGCCUCCUCUGUGUGCUCACUGGUCUGUGAAGCUCUACAGCUGCAGAAGGAGCUGGGAAACAGAUGCACUCUACCUUGCCAAACUCUCACUGGUUUGUAUGCCUCAUUAGUGUUCCAUAAGCUUACCUUGAAAAGGCCUUCCCAGGGCACACUCAGUCAUGAAGAGCAAAUUACCCUCAUGGUUUUAUGAAGGAUGGCCACUGAGGGAGUGUGGAUCAUGAGGUUAGUGUUCUAUGAUGAUGACCUGAAGGCCUACAGCCUAAAGGAGUCUGAGAUCUUGGCCCUCUUUCACAUGAACAUCCUUCUCCAGGAUGGCCACAGCAGUGAGAAAUGUUAUAUUUUCUUUCACAUCAGCCUGCAGGAUUUCUUUGCUGCCCUAUAUUAUAUUUUAGAAGGGCUGGGGAAAUGGAAUCAGCAUUUUUCCUUUAUUAAAAUCCAAAUGAGCAUCACGGAGGUGAAGAGAUCCGAUAUCACUCACCUCCUAGGGAUGAGACGCUUCUUAUUUGGCCUCAUGAACAAGGGUAUCUUGAAAACUCUCGAGGUUUUGUUUGGAUGUCCCAUAACUCCGACCAUUAAGCAGAAGCUGGAACACUGGGUUUCUCUGAUAGAUAAGCAGGUCAAUGACACCAGCCCGAUGGACACCCUGGAUGCCUUCUAUUCUCUCUUUGAGUCUCAGUCUGAAGAGUUUGUUCAUAUGGCUCUCAGUGGCUUUCAAGAAGUGUGGCUUCUGGUUAACCAGAAGAUGGACUUGAUUGUAUCUUCCUACUGUCUCCAGCACUGUCAGAACUUGAAGGCAAUCCAGGUGGAUAUCAGAGACCUUUUAUCAAUGGAUAAUACUCUUGAACUGUGCCCUGUUGUUUCUCUCUCAGAGACUCAAUGUAAGGCCAUCCUCAUAGAGUGGUGGGGAAACUUCUGUGUGCUGAGCACCCACCCUAACUUGAAGGAGCUGGACUUUGGCGACAGUGUCUUGGGCAGAUGGGCCAUGAAUGUACUCUGCCUCAAGCUGAGGAAUUCUUCCUGCAGUAUAGAGAAGCUGACAUAA